AUGCAAAAAUUAAAAAAAUAAAAUUAAAAAGUUACCCAAAAAAAGCGCGCACUUUAAGCUUGGGAAACUAGCGGAAGCCGCUAAAAUGCGCCCCCGGUCUACAUCACCUCUCGCCCACAGUUCUUCUCCUCUUCCCCCUCCUUUUUCUUCUUCUUCACCAACUGAUCGGAGGUUAAACACUCUAGUUCGACACCUUCUCGUUGAGAAUUCGAGUUCCGUCAUGGAUUCCAUCUCCGCUUCUCCUACUUCCGCCUUCCAUGGCGAUUCCGUCUUUGCUCACAUCGUUCGUGCUCCGGAGGAUCCUAUUCUUGGGGUGACAGUUGCAUAUAACAAAGAUCCAAGCCCGGUUAAAUUGAAUUUGGGUGUUGGUGCUUAUAGAACAGAGGAAGGGAAACCUCUUGUCCUGAAUGUGGUGAGACGAGCAGAACAGCAGCUUGUUAAUGACGUUUCACGUGUUAAGGAAUAUCUUCCAAUUGUUGGACUUGCGGAUUUCAAUAAAUUGAGUGCUAAACUCAUUCUUGGCGCUGACAGCCCUGCUAUCCAAGAGAACAGGGUUACUACUGUUCAAUGUUUGUCUGGAACUGGCUCGUUGAGAGUUGGAGGUGAAUUUUUAGCAAGACACUAUCAUGAACGCACAAUUUACAUACCUCAGCCAACAUGGGGAAACCACACAAAAGUUUUCACACUGUCUGGAUUAUCUGUGAAAACCUACCAGUAUUAUGAUCCAGCGACACGCGGACUCAAUUUCCAAGGCCUCUUAGAAGACCUUGGUUCUGCUCCUUCUGGAGCUAUUGUGCUGCUGCAUGCGUGUGCUCAUAACCCUACUGGUGUUGAUCCAACCCUUGAACAGUGGGAGCAGAUUAGGCAGCUGAUUAGAUCAAAAGCAUUAUUGCCUUUCUUUGACAGUGCUUAUCAGGGUUUUGCCAGUGGAAGUCUGGAUGCAGAUGCACAACCAGUUCGUUUGUUUGCUGCUGAUGGUGGUGAAUGCCUUAUAGCUCAGAGUUAUGCCAAGAACAUGGGCCUCUAUGGGGAACGUGUUGGCGCUCUAAGUAUUGUCUGUAAGACGGCAGAUGUAGCAAGCAGGGUGGAGAGCCAGCUGAAACUCGUGAUAAGACCCAUGUAUUCUAACCCACCCAUUCAUGGUGCAUCUAUUGUGGCUAUCAUCCUCAAGGACAGGGAUUUGUACAAUGAAUGGACUAUUGAGUUGAAGGCUAUGGCUGACCGCAUUAUAAGCAUGCGCCAGCAGCUCUUUGAUGCCCUACGAGCGAGAGUGUCCAUGACUAGUCUAAGGGCCUGUUUAGUUCGCUGA